AUGGGGGUCGGAGUCGGAGUCGGAGUGGGGGGGGCCGGGGCGCCUCUGCUCUCCGGGUAUCACCCCCCCAUGGGAGGCUUCUCCGCAGGCGUGCCCCCCCCACCGCCACCCCACGCCGUCUACUACAACAGAGAUUCGGGGUACCCCCCCCUGACGGGGUUUGCCAAGGGCCCCUCGGAGUGCGCGGCGCUGAAGGGUCGCCCGGCGAUCGGGGUCGGGGGGGUCGGGGGUUGCUGGGGCGAUCUCAGCUACGACUGCCGCGCCGGCCGACAAACAUGUGGGAACGGUGGCGUGAGUGUGAGCGAGGGCGUGGGGCGUAAGAAGCACACGAGGCCGACGUUUAGCGGACACCAGAUCUUCGCGCUCGAGAAAACCUUCGAACAGACCAAGUACCUGGCAGGACCUGAGAGGGCACGACUGGCGUACUCACUGGGGAUGACAGAGUCACAAGUCAAGGUGUGGUUCCAGAAUCGCCGGACUAAGUGGCGUAAGAAGAGCGCGACUGAGCCGAGUUCUACGCAGGGGGGCGUGUCUCGAGGGGAGGGGGGCGGGGCAGAGGGCGGGUCUGAUAACGAGGUGGAGGACGAGGAGUACAACAAGCCGCUGGACCCGGACUCAGACGACGAGAAGAUACGACAACUACUGAGGAAACACAGACGAGCCUUCUCAGUACUGAGACUGGGGCCGCACGUCUAGAGCACACACACACACACACACACACACACACACACACACACACACACACACACACACACAGCCAAGCAGUCUCAGUACUCAGACUGGGGC